AUGAGAUACGAUAUGUUGUACAUUCAUAAAUGGAUGUGAUGCAUAAGAACACCCAUAGGGUCGUCGUUGAAAUUUUGACGUGAUUUAUUAAAUGCAAGUUUGUGUCGAGAGAUCAGAUUUGUGCGAAGCUAUGCAUGGAUAAACCUGUAUGGAUAAACCUGUACUGUUUUGCAGCUGGUGCUUACAAAGUCUUGUGUUGAAUAUGAGGUACAUUAUAUCAAACACUAAACGCGGCAUUUUGUGCUUUACAUAUGAAUGUUUUGAAUGAAAUGUUGUGAAUUAUGAGUAACACGUUUUUCUUUCGAUGUGAGAUUUUUGUUUAUCAAUAUUUUGAUGCGAUGUUUAACAAGACCUUAGUGGUAAGUGAGGUGUUGAUGUGCUGCGUUUGAAACAACAUCAUUGACAUUUCGUAGAAGUUACCGGGAUUGCCAAUACAGCAACAGCUGUGCACGUGCAUACUGCAGUACAUUUUAAAAUAAAUGAGUAGCGCUCCGUGAAAAGUGGGUUUAAUGCAUGUUCGUAAAGUGUCGUCCUAGAUUAGCCUGUUCAGUCCGAACGCAGUGACGGUUUCUUUGUGAGGGUCCAGGACGUCGGACAAUUAUGGCGAAUUCUUCUUGUUCCAACGCAUAUCCGAGCACAGAUGUUCUUUAUAUAGAGGUUCAAGAUGAUUUGGCCAGUAUCGUUUUGUUUGUCAUCGUCUGCUUCAUGGUUGUCGUCUGCCUCGGUGUAUACGCGGAAGAGCUGAUAUUCCUGCGGCGGGUGAACGGCUGGGGUACAAAGUCCAGGCGCGUGGCGACAAUACUUGGUCUACAUCCGGUAACAAUUAUCUCUGCAUUUCUGGCUGUGAUGGUGCCCAAGAGUACUUUAUUUGUGGAUUUCGUCGCAUCUUGUUAUCUGACGGUCUGUUACUACACGUUCUUCAACAUCGUCAUCGGUUACUUCGGCGACGAAAACAAGAUGGUGGAGUAUUUCCAGGGCGACAAGAUCCAGACCUCCGUGCCACCGUGCUGUUGCUGCUGCUGUUGCGUACUCAAACCCAGGAUAUUGACGCUUAAUUCGCUGCUCGUCUUCAAGUACCUCACUCUGCAGGUGGUCUACGUGCGACCCAUCCUGCUCUUCAUCGCCCUCGUCCUCUGGACGGACGGAAAGUUCGUGUCGGGACUGAUCUCAGCGGACACCAGCUACAUCUACAUCAUGGUCCUCACAUCCGUCUCUACGCUGUUCUCCCUGUAUGGGACCUUCGUCGUCCAUCGGGCGUCCGCGCCGCACCUUCAGCAGUACCGUAUCAUGAACAAGUUCCUCUCCAUCCAACUUGUGCUCGUGCUCAGCAACAUGCAGGGCCUCCUGUUUUCCAGCCUGGCCGCCAAUGGCAUACCGGGUUGCAUUCAGAGCCGGGGACCAAUACCCAGAGCAAACGCCCUCAACCAUUUUGCGCUGAUCAUUGAGACGUUUCUACUAUGUUUGUUGGCGAGACGCGCGUACCGGAUGGACGAGAGGAACAUUCCAAAGCCGACCAAGUCUCAUGCGAAAGAUUGCGCCGUCACCGCUUUUACUGACGUCAUUGUUAAAGAGCCCUCGUGUCCUCACAUGUCUGACGUCACAGUUAUUGAGUCAUCCUGACAUAAUUAAUUCAUAAUUAUGUAUUUUAACUUUUUCAUGUUGAAUUCACAUUUCUGACGUAAGAGUAAGUGGUUAUUGUGACGUCACGUAUUUUAUGUUAAAGGGGUAGUUCUGGAAUCUGCAUGGCGUCGCGUAUCGACCGUUAUCAUUAUUGUAUCAAUAAUGAUUGUGUAAUUCGAUAAAUGGCGUUACGAGAAUUACGUCAGACUUCUGACAACACUAUUAUUGAACUAUCUUGAUGAUAAAAAUAUGAUACAAAUGAGGCCAAUGGUAAUGUUAAAAUGAGGUUGGACGAUAGGGUUGAUAGAGAAUGGUAAUACACAGCAAACUUUAUGCAUCAACUAGUUUAUGCGUGCGGUGUUGUAAUUGACAAAGGCUUUAAAACUACGAAUCGAGUCACAAAUUGAUUGUAUGAAGUAUUCCAAAGCCGAAUUCCUUCAAGGCGAUUAUGGUGUUGCAUACCAAAUAUAAAACCUGUGGACCAUUGGGUUCAGGAAAAGUUACUUUGCUAAUAAGGUAUAUUAAUAGGAUUUAUGCACAAAGUUUAAGUUGAACAAGGGACAUAACCUUUAAGUUGGAUAACAAAUUAGCACAUGCUAAACUUCGUACCCUGAGGAACGAUUCCCGAAGUUUGAAUGUUGUUCAUUAAAUAGUGACGGAAAACGUAUUGGGACAGGUUUUGAUCUCCGGACAGAAAGUUAGACAGUUAGACCACUCUUACAACGUACCGAAUGCAUACACAUGAAUUUGUGAACAAGGAAGAUAACAAAGAAAACAAGAAAUGAAUGAUUAUUGAAACACGCUACAUACACAUGGUAUAUACAAGUAAGGAUAACUUUAGCAAUUGUGGUUUACAACAAUAAAAAGCUUUUGAUAAAAGAAAUCUAGAACAUUUAACGUUAAUAAUAAGUAAUCACACUAUAUAUCAAAAGAUACUCGUCAAUCAAGAGUUGACGUAAUCAUAUUUGGCGAAAGGGGCACCUUAUUGUUUUAAGAAUACUUAAAUUCACCAUAUUUUACGACCCGUGUAAUCCGAAGCUUGGUUUAAAUUGCUAUAUUAUUGCUUUACAUUUAAACUAACGUAAUGGCUUGCAAUAUCCAAAGUUUCAUCAGAAUUGGUCGAUGCAAACUUACGUUAUUGACCGUAAACGUAAUGUUUGACGCCGUUAGCCUCCCCGCCGACCCGCUGGAUUUUGGUUAAAUGUUAUAUUUACUAAUAACAAUUGGCGAGUA